AAGCGCACUCCAUCACGCGCUAGCGUUUCGAGCACAUAUUCAACCCGGAAGCGAAGGCGGGUUUCCGUGGCUUCGCUUCACUUGGGAGAAGAUGUGGCAAGACCAUUAGUACCGGAGACUCCAAUCGAGGAGAUAAACGGAGAUCGAUUUGUGACAGUACGAACUUCAACGUCAUUGCCAUUGAAUAUUACACCGAGAACAAAUCGUAUCGCCAAAGCAUUUGGUCUACUCGACGACCGUGUAUUAAGUCCUACCAACUCUCCCUCACUCUUUUCAGACCGAUGUUUUCGUUCAUUGCUUCGCCGAAGUGCUUCAGAAUUGUUUUCAACUUCGCGUGCUGCAUCUUUGCUCUCAGCAAAAGCCAAUUUAGGGGCUCGGAACCAUUUUGUACUAGCACUCGAUGGACCUGGGAUGUCUACGGACCUUUUCGCCUCUCCAAUGGCAUGGUCGCAUGCCAACUGCAUCGGUGUUGCUUUCAAAUAUGACGUGUAUUUUCAGGACCUCGAAUCCCGGGCAGUGGUUCACCUAUGUCGUUCCUCGCUUUCAGACGGGACGGUCCACAGUAUUGAUUGGGGUGGCAAAGCCAAACCUUAUCUCCUUGCGCUUGGGACGACAUUUGGUGAUGUUAGAGUUAUGGAUGCUGAGAAAGGAAUGCAGCUCGUAGAUUGGGUCGAUGAUGGUCAUGGCAUGGGAGGCAUGCACUGGAAUGGUGAUGUUCUUGCCGUUGGCAGAGCUGGCGGCAAUGUGACUCUGUUCGAUAUCCGGAUGCGGGCUGAGAUAGCCAAUAUUAUGGGCCAUAAACGCCGAGUACACGGUGUAAAAUGGUCGGUUGACGGACACCAUCUGGCCACAGGGGAUGACAGUGGUAUUGUCCACAUAUGGGACCAUAGAGCAAGCAAUCUUCUAACGAAUGGGGACAAAAAUAUCCGGAUGAAACACAAGGGUCCGGUCAAGGCCUUAUCGUGGAGUCCAUGGCAGCAUGGCCUGUUGGCAACUGGAGGGGGUUCCCCCGAUGGUGCAAUACACAUUUGGAAUACCGGAAAGAUGGCCCCAUCCUCUGGCCCUGUGCAUACCAUCCCCUUACAGACAACUAUCACAUCUUUGCACUGGUCCCUCCACUGCAAGGAGCUCUUGAGCACCCACGGAUCUUCGUGGGCUGUACCUCAAAGUAACGUACACCCGGCAGCUCAUGCAUCAGCUGUAGGUGUAGAAAACUCACUCGCCGUUCAUUCUUACCCUUCCUGUCAACAAAUUGUUAACGUCAAAGCACACUCCGCUCCUGUGGGCCACUCUUGUAUGGCCCCUGACGGAUGUUCUGUAUUUACUGUCAGUCCCAAGGAGGAGACCAUUAAGAUGUUUAGGGUGUGGUCCGCGCCCGAUGACAAGGACAAAGACGAAGGCAGUGACAUGACCUUCAAGUCCACCAUACGAUAA